AUGGACCUUUCUCCAAGCAAUAACAAUCUCGAAUCCCCGCUCAACCCAGAGAGUGAAAUGGAUGACAAUAAUGUAGAGGAGGGCUUUCAAGAUGAAAUAAUUACAAACGAUCACGAGGAGGAGGACCCCACGACUACGGUUCACGAUCAAGCUGACGCCACUGCGGCCUCGGAAUCGUGGUUCAAUCCGCAACAAAUGUCGGCCAUGUUGUCCAACUUUUCAACCUCUUACAAUGUGGUCAACAUCAGUCUUGUAUUACCAAUACUGCAGAGUUUACAUUCGGCAUCGCAACAGGCAGUCGCCUCGACCGGAAGUUCCUUAUUGGCUGGAAUGAUGUUGGGGCAAAUUGGUGGUGGUAUGCUGGGCGACACUUUUUUGGGCGCACUGGGAGCUUUGAGAUUAGUCAUGGUCUUGCAAAUUGUGGCAAGCAUUGGGAGUGCCUGCACCAAUGUGCAAGAUGCGGGAUUUUAUGUCCACCUGGCAACCUGGCGAUUCAUUUUGGGCAUUGGUGCCGGUGGGGUCUAUCCGCUGGCCGCCGUGUUGAGUGCGGAACAAGGCAAAGAUCAACAACAGCAAGAUAGUCAUCAUCAUCAUCAUCAUGAUUCGGAUGCGGAACAGUUGGGAAAGCAAAUUCAUCGAGUGGUCCUUACCUUCAGCACCCAAGGUUUGGGUUUUGUGACAGUCCCAAUCCUUGCAGUCAUUCUCUUUGAGGUCACGGACGAUUUGAAUUUUAUUUGGAGAUUCUUGCUGGGCUUUGGGUGUAUUCCAGGGCUUGUACUCAUGCUGUUACAAUGUAAAAUGUACCGUCAAGAGCACCACAAUCACGAUCCAGUUCCGUUGUCAGAAGAACAUGACGAAGGAGAGAUUGCCAAUCACAACGAUGACGAAGAGCAUGAUGUUACGACUGGUGUUCAAGAAGAUGCCACUUUGGAAGAGCCAGAAGAAGAUGGCACACAAGAGGCGCAUGGCUUGUCAGCCCUCUUUCACGAACCUGGACUCGGCAAAAAGAUUAUCGGUACAGCCGGAACUUGGUUUCUAUUUGAUAUUGUCUUUUACGGAAACACAAUCUUUCAACCAAUUGUCAUGGAGGCUGCCUUUGGAUCAGACUCUAAUGGCAAGAGCGAAGUUGAAGAAUUAUCAUCGACGGCUCGCAAAUCCCUGAUGCUCACCAGCAUUGCAUUGCCAGGAUACUUUUUUGCGGCCAUGGUCAUGGGAAAGAAGACACUCUGUGUCACCCAAACCCCACGUUACGUCAUGAUGCAAGGAUUUGCCGCCAUGGCAAUUUUGUACACUACUAUUGGUAUGAAUUGGUCCUAUCUACGUCAUUAUCCUGCCGUGCUGAUCUCCCUUUAUGGAAUGACCUUUUUCUUUGCCAAUUACGGGCCCAACACGACCACCUUUAUCUUGCCAAGUCUCCUUUAUGCACCAGAGCACCGAAGUACUUGGAAUGGAAUCAGUGCAGCCUGUGGCAAGCUCGGUGCACUAGCCGGGGCAUCCCUGUUUGCUCCAGCUGCAGCGGAAUUGGGUGAUAAUGUGGUCAUGCUCUUGUGUGCUGGUUUGUCCGUCUUUGCACUCUUGUUAACUUCUUGCUUUGUUCCAAAAGUAUGA